UCUUAAUCCGCACCCAACCGGACCUGCUCCAGUCAGAGCAGCGCAGAGCUCUUGAGGAAAAUUCGGAAAAGCCUUGUGAAAAUUGGUCCAUUAAUUAAUAGAUAAUCAAAGCGUUCAGCUCUGGCCUAAAGUUCGGGGCGUGGACUCCAUUCAUCCAUCCAGUCCAUCAGUCAUGUCCUGGUUGCAGUUGUAAGUGCAGGAAAAGCGGAAAAGCGGACUACCAUGGACACCAGCAACAGCAGAUCCUGGCUGCUCUACGGCAUCCUGGGGCUCCUGGCGAUUGCCGCAGUCAGUGCAUCCGAAGAUGAAGAGCGCCUGGUGCGUGACCUCUUUCGAGGCUACAAUAAACUCAUACGACCCGUACAGAAUAUGACACAAAAAGUUGGAGUAAGAUUUGGUUUGGCGUUCGUACAGCUAAUCAAUGUCAAUGAGAAAAAUCAAAUUAUGAAAUCAAACGUUUGGUUACGUUUGGUUUGGUACGACUACCAGCUGCAGUGGGAUGAGGCCGACUACGGCGGCAUCGGGGUGCUCCGUCUGCCCCCCGACAAGGUUUGGAAGCCGGACAUUGUGCUCUUCAAUAACGCCGAUGGCAACUACGAGGUCCGCUACAAGUCCAACGUGCUCAUCUAUCCCACUGGCGAGGUGCUGUGGGUGCCGCCGGCCAUCUACCAGAGCUCCUGCACCAUCGAUGUCACCUACUUCCCGUUCGACCAGCAGACCUGCAUCAUGAAGUUCGGCUCGUGGACCUUCAACGGCGAUCAGGUGUCGCUGGCCCUCUACAACAACAAGAACUUUGUCGAUCUAUCCGAUUACUGGAAGUCGGGCACGUGGGACAUCAUCGAGGUGCCCGCGUACCUCAAUGUCUACGACGGGGACAGCACCCAUCCCACCGAGACGGACAUCACCUUCUACAUCAUCAUUCGGCGCAAGACCCUCUUCUACACGGUCAAUUUGAUCCUGCCCACGGUGCUGAUUUCCUUCCUCUGUGUGCUGGUCUUCUAUCUGCCAGCCGAGGCGGGCGAAAAGGUAACCCUUGGCAUUAGUAUUCUCCUGUCACUGGUUGUGUUCCUGUUGCUCGUGUCGAAAAUUCUGCCGCCCACAUCGCUGGUGCUGCCACUGAUCGCCAAGUAUCUGCUAUUCACCUUCAUCAUGAACACGGUCUCCAUUCUGGUGACGGUGAUCAUCAUCAACUGGAACUUCCGCGGUCCGCGCACCCACCGCAUGCCCAUGUACAUACGCUCGGUGUUUCUGCACUAUCUGCCGGCGCUGCUGUUCAUGAAGCGUCCGAGGAAGACCCGCCUCCGCUGGAUGAUGGAAAUGCCGGGCAUGAGCAUGCCCGCACAUCCGCAUCCCUCGUACGGCUCGCCGGCCGAGCUGCCCAAGCAUAUCAGCGCCAUCGGUGGCAAGCAGUCCAAAAUGGAGGUCAUGGAGCUGUCCGACUUGCAUCAUCCGAACUGCAAGAUCAACCGGAAGGUCAACAGCGGCGCCGAGCUGGGCCUAGGCGACGGCUGUCGUCGCGAGAGCGAGUCCUCCGACUCUAUUCUGCUCUCGCCCGAGGCGAGCAAGGCCACCGAGGCGGUUGAGUUCAUAGCCGAACAUUUGCGCAACGAGGAUCUUUACAUACAGACCCGCGAGGAUUGGAAGUACGUGGCCAUGGUGAUCGAUCGCCUGCAGUUGUACAUCUUCUUUAUUGUGACAACGGCCGGCACGGUUGGCAUUCUCAUGGAUGCCCCACAUAUCUUCGAGUACGUCGAUCAGGAUCGCAUUAUCGAGAUCUACAGGGGAAAGUAAGGAGGCAUUUAGCUCGGCUCGGGGACGGGCCAAACUGAAAAUGGUUAACAGCAUUGCAAACGCAACAAUAAUAAGCAAAAGACAAGACAAGACAAGAGAAGACAAGAGUGGAGAAAAACAAUGAGAAAAUUGCAACAAUUAAAGCGGAUUUUUAGAAUUUACUAAUUAAACGAAAACGAAAACUAAACGAAUAAUGGCUUGAGCAAAAUAACACACUAAUACAACUAACUAACGUAAACGUAAGCGUUAAAGAACACACACACACACACACACACACACACAGACGAAGUGGCACUCUGUGGGGA